AUGAAUCGUAUAUCGACAGUCGAGUAUCCUCCCGUGCGCGAGAGAUUUGGCAACACUGAUCUCCCUCAAAAAUAUCCCAGACGAAAUAUAACGCAAAAAAAUUAUUAUGAAGGAGAAGAACCAGCAAAUGAUCGCUACGUAUACUGUGAUACCUGCAAAAAAGAUUAUGUAGACUUUUGUUCAAAUUGCGGAACAUUAGUUGUUCUUGAGGAUACUCCCAUUCGUAUGGGUGUCGAAAUGAGAGCCAAGAAAACAGCACCUAAAGGUAUCUUGGAGGUACAAACAUCAAAAAUUCAUGGUUUGGGAGUAUUCGCUUUAAGACCUCUACAUAAGGGUGUGAGACUUGGACCUUACCAAGGUCAAAUAACAAGAGUUAACAGUACGAAAGGAUACGCUUGGAAAUUGAAGGACGGGCGUUUAGUUGAUGCCAGUGAUGAAAAGAUAUCUAACUAUUUACGAUAUGUUAACUGCGCUCGAAAUGUUUAUGAACAAAAUGUAAUAGCUUUUCAGUACCGUGGACAACUUUAUUAUAGAACUUCGAAAAUGAUUUUAAAAUGA